AUGAGCAAUACGCUGCAGUGGAACUCGUUUGACAAUCUGGGCCUCGCGUUUGGCCGCGAUGUGCUCGAGCACCGCAUUCGCCUGAUGGGACUGGUCGCAGUGGCCAUCCAGCGCGUCUACCGCAAGCACCGCAGCUGCAGCAUGAUGGGCGCCCCGGCAGCGACAGCCGUCGAUCGCAAGGUGCGCGCGCGCGAGCUCGCCCAGGCAAUCGGGACACUCGAGUACCGCACGGGCAAGCCGCUCGCGCUGCGCCAGGUCGCGCGAUGGCUGCGUAACACGUACCAGCCUGCACACCUCGCAGCCCAGCUCCCGGGCGGCGCGCUCGAGUUCCGCGGCUACGAGAAGAUUGACGGUACAAAUUUGGGCUGCGCGGAUGACGGUGAGCUGUACGGCCGCCGUCUCCAGGUCUCUGGCAAGUCCUACCAGAAGGCUUCCCUGAAGUGCAUGGAGCCCAUCCGCGCUUGUGUCGCGGACGUCAAGCGCGCCCUCGCCGAGAUUAUUGCCGCCGAGCCAAAGCCUGGCACGGUCGCAGUCCCUGCCCGCCUCAUUCCGGACGCCUACGCGUCUGAGCUGAAUGAUGGCAAUGAUGAGGACAAGGACGAGGAGGAGGAUGCUGGCGAUGGUGGCGCUUCCGCUGCUGCUGCUGCUGCCGCCGCUUCUGGCGCUGCUGCCGAGAAUGCCGACAACCAGAACAUUGCCAUCGAUUUUGCCAAUGUCGACGACAUUCUGAAGCGCGUUCAAGUCCGACUGUACGGCGAGCUCGGUGUGCCAGGAAACGACACCAAGUUUGGCUACAACACGCGCCCCAUUGCCAACCACUGGUACUGCUUUGGCAUUGUGUUCCACGCUUUUGGGUCGUGA